CCUAAUAAUUUCCGGUUGGGCAGACACACAGGCUGCACGAGAACAUGACGUUCCACACCUGCACGCGCGUUACUGCGUUACAUCAGCCAGAGGUACUCCAGAGAUCCAGCUACGGAUGCUAUCGUGGCUGGAAAGUCACACAACACCACCCAUAACCACAGGUGUCUUAUUCCACUCGCUUACCGUGAGUCAGAGUGCGGAUGUCUCUGUCCUGGAGGGGGAGACGGUGGAGAUCACGUGCUGCUGGGAUAAAAGAGCUGAACGAGUUGGCCUCAAAUGGCUGAAAAACCAAAUCGCAAUCCAGAAUAAGACCUACGUGAAUCAGUCCGAGGAAUCCUCCAAAGAGCAGAAAAAGAAGUGUGCCGUUCUGGUGAUUACAGAAAUCAAAAGAAGCGACGCGGGGAUAUACGUGUGCCAGGUUUCUGUAGAGAUACCAGUUUUGGCUGAAUUCAAAGGGAAUGGUACGAGCAUCGCAGUUACAGCCACAGAGAACCCGCCUGACAGCACAGAGCGCCCACAAGUUAACGAAGAGGAAAAGAAAAUAGACGGAGUAGAUGAAGGCAAAAGAGACGACAACAGUAACACCCACAUUGUAGACGUAGCAGAAAAAGAGAAAAGAAGAGAAGUCAUACACAAAGGGAAAACAGCUGACAGGGCAAUUAAUGCCGUAGCUGAUGAUAAAAAGGAAAGAGGAAGCAAAUUGGGAGAAAAUGCACAAGAUGAUACAAAUCUACACACUGCUCAUGGAAAGUCAGACGCUUCCCAGCUGGAAGUGUUCACUUUUAUCCUGAGGUCCCUGCCCAUCCUCGUCCUCAUCACAUCCUUCUUUUGGCUCUACUACUUGGGGAUGAAAGCUCAGAAAGCCAAAGCAGCUUCAGCCGUUCCUGAGGACAAAGCCGCCUCACAACAAAACAUAGAGGAAGACCAAGAAGAAGAGAAGAAAGAAGAGAAUGUGACAGAGGAAGCAAGAGAAGAACAAAAGGAAUGAGGCAACAAUUGGCUGUCUAGUGGUCAUCCUGUUCAACCAGGAAGAAAUGUGGACUGGACUGUCUUACCCUACUGUAGAUGUUGUUAUAAGUUAAUUUAUUUACGUAUUUAAUUAUCCUACCUGCAGGGCCCCAUGGCAGCUGGAGCCUAUCUCUAGUAAUGAAGGGUUGGAGCCCAUUACACCCUAAACAAGUUACCAAUUAUUCAAACACACCAAAGUCUCCAAUCAGACUAGCAUGCAGGGAUUUUGAAAUGUGGAAAGACGUUGGUGUACCUGGACAAAAGCCACAAACACAUGCGGAGAAAAUGCAAACUGCAGAUGGAAACACAAUUAAAUGAUUAAAACAGGAUUAGACUUUUGUGGCUGAUUUUGACUUCCAUUUUUUUGGUAAAACUUUGACUUACGGUCUGAUUCCAACUUCUCUUUAAAAACCACAAUAUUAAAAAAAUUAACAGUGUUCACAACAUUUAAUCCUCUUACAGUGACUGGUCAUCCAAUGUGCACAUUAGGAGCAGAGGCAAUGUCCUGCCCUUUAGAUGAAAGUGUCCAGUGUAUUUCCCAACAUACCUACAGGAUACAGCAUUGUUUUUGAGGAAAUCACUAACUAUGCUGAAGAAGUCAUAGAAACACUUCUAUGAAAGAUAAUGUUUGCUGCCAAAAGGUUAAAAUUGCAGAUGAAGAAAUGUACACUGUGAACUGAGAUGAACAAGGUUAGUAUUACUAACAUAGCAGCCUCCGGGGGUAUUCCUUAAAGUAUGAACCUUAAAAUGAUCACGUUUUAACUUGAGAUUCCCAAAAGGCUGCAAAUGUUUCCAAAUCCAGAAUCUUGUGUAACAGAGAUUGAAAGAUCAAAAGGGGGAAAAAAGUGCAAAUUUGCUCCUACCUCAUUCAACCUCCCUGUUAUCCACUGAAGGUCUCACUGCCUCUCGCUCUCCACCUGACUGAGCAGCAAAUUUGUCUCAGUGUUUCUUUGAAAAUAUAGUUUAUUUAUAAAUAUUUACAUCUAUGACUUUCUCUAAAAAACUCACUAAUGCGUAUAGGGGGCUUUAAACCUUCACUCGGUAACAGCAUCCACACCAAAGAUUGUUGUUAUCGAUAAUUAUUUGAAUGUGCUCACACAUGGUGUAUUAAAUUUUGAGUUUCCAAUGGGGCGAUCACCAGGGCAGGGCCCGAUUUGGGUCUCUAGCUGAUUUGUGAGCCAAUCUGUUCUUAUUCUGAGUAUUCAGUUAGAAUUACAUUUUUCAUAUAUUAUCAAAAUAAAUCCAUGGCAAUACCAGGAUAUGGGGGUGGCUGGUGCCUGACUUCCAACAUUGAUGCCGGUAAGAAGACCAGAACACGAUUAUUGUGUAAAAGAAAAAAGUGUUUCUGUUUAUGCAUACUUUAUAAAAAAAUACAGGGUAAUUAUGGUCAAUUAAAACAAAGGAGAAAACAUUUUUAAAAUCUGGACAAUCCUGCAGUUGCUACAACAGAAUGCGUCAGAAUUCUAGUUUUACAAAAGGUGAAUUUCUUUGUUGAACAAUGAAAGCAAAAUUACCAGCCACUGUUAAAAUACAUUUGCUUGUUUGCCUGUAAAGAACUUCAGUGUCACAGUUGGGUUGAUUGUAGGUCAAGUGUGAUUGUAAAACCCAAGUGUCUUUCAGCCUUUAUUUAAAGACGAACACACUGGAGGCAUUGAGGUCAUUAUGGUCGGUUACAAACUCAGCAGGCGAUGUUGAUGUUUCAUGAACACAACCCAAAUUAUAUCUGAAUACAACAGAGAUGUGUUUCAUUUCUGCAGCUCACUGGACUGUUCAAAAUAUU